AGCAACGUUGUCAAACUUCCAGGCAACUUUCCAAGUGUCUUCCUCUUUUCGUGAAAAGUCUCCGAAGCAUUCACCAUGGGAUUCAAAAAUUUGUGGUAUUCUCACCCCAGGAAGUUCGGCCAGGGCUCCAGAUGCUGCCGCGCCUGCUCAAACCGACAUGGUCUGAUCCGGAAGUACGGCCUCAACCUCUGCCGACAGUGCUUCAGGGAGUACGCCAAUGAUAUUGGCUUCAAGAAGCUCGACUAAGCGGCAGGAAGAUGCAAUUGGCUUGUUUAUCCUCUAUCGGAAAGUCAAGGACAGGAGCCUGAAGCUGUGAAAUACAGCUGGACGGUAUAUUUAUGGUUGGAUAAAUAAAUCCAUUGCAUCAAUCCGAAGGUAAA